GGUGAAACUGAAGUAAAUUGGUUGUGACGGCAACGACACAAUUGCAACGCAUCAACAAUAACAUGGUGAGUAAUUUCAAGCUUUGAUUUGGUACAAUGAUAACACAUUCUUUAAUCUAUUAUCAAGUCUCCAGUGUAUUGCGAAGGAGAAAAGGCGAACUUGAGUUUACUUCUCUGGACAUUGAUGGCGUCGAUUGAACAACUAGGGCAAAGCAKUGCGAAUUAUUGAUGUUUCAACGCUAACUCUUCGCAUAUGCGCAUUUUGAUUCUGUCGCACCCUUCAGCCGCUUCGUCUAGAUAUAAAGAAAAAGCUAUCGGCAUCCAGUGAGCGCGUAAAAAGCGUUGAUCUGCACCCUACAGAGCCAUGGGUGUUGGCAGCUCUCUACUCGGGAAAUGUCAUGAUCUGGGACUACGAAUCGGGAAGUCUUGUCAAAUCCUUCGAGGUAUCGGAACUUCCAGUACGAUGCGCUAAGUUUGUAGCCCGCAAGCAAUGGUUCGUAGCGGCUUCAGACGACAUGCGAUUUCGAAUUUUCAACUACAAUACGAUGGAAAAAAUUAAGGAGUUCGAGGCUCACGCUGAUUACAUCCGUUGCCUAGAAGUCCAUCCAUCUCUUCCAUAUGUAUUAUCUAGUUCCGAUGAUAUGUGUAUCAAACUAUGGGAUUGGGAUCGUGGGUUUGACUGCACGCAAAUAUUUGAGGGACACGCGCACUAUGUUAUGCAGGUAAAGUUCAAUCCUAAGGAUACUAAUACAUUUGCCAGUGCCUCUUUGGAUCGCUCUAUCAAGGUGUGGGGGCUCGGAUCUCACGCACCGCACUACACUCUUGAGGGUCACGAAAGAGGAGUCAACUGUAUCGACUACUAUCCUUCUGGUGAUAAACCUUACAUUUUGAGUGGAGCCGAUGACCAAACGGUGAAAAUCUGGGACUACCAGGUAAGUCAUAGCAGGCAAUGAAAAAAGCGAUUGAAUUGGAAUGCAGUGAUGAGAUGAUAAUGAUCUGCUCUCUGAUGGAGUCUAAUUUGAUGUCGCGAAUUACACGUUUUUGUGCAGACCAAAUCUAUCGUUCACAGU